AUGUCGACUACUUCGAAUGCAUCAGGGAUGGAGCAGACCUCAGACGAGGCGGCCGCCAGUCCCGGUCUCCCCGGUAGGGUACCGGGCGAGUGGACAGAGUUGGAGGGCUCCGGUGAGUUAUCCAACCCCGCGUUUAUUCCCCCUACAACCGAGUCCGCGCACCGGCGCGGACGCUCGUACCCCACCCAUGACGCCUCCAAAGUUAAUCUGGGGGUGAAGUGGGGCUUAGAAGAGUAUGGCCGUGUGAUGGAAACCACGGCGGGGGGACGAGUUACACGUAGAGUGGUUCGGGCGGCACGAGGCAUCGAGCCAGAGCAGCCUACCCCUGUAAGAACUUAUAGGGGACAUAGGGGCACACGUACCACAGUAAGCGUUCCGCUUGCGGACCCGAAGGCCGUCCCGGAGGGCGGGUCUGAGGGAAGGGCAGAGCGCCAGAAGGGCAGCCUCCCAGAGGAUCAGGACGAGCGCCGCGAUGGCAGCUAUCUUGAAGCCGAGCGCCGUGAAGGCAGCCUUGAUUCCUCUACGGAAGAGCGCCGUAAUGGCAGCCUUGCGGAAUCCUACAAGGAUACGCUUCUCGAACGCCUCGAGAGCGCUCAACAAUCGGCAUCGGAUGGGACGUCGGAAGGCGAUUCCGAGGACGAAGUUGCAAUAGUACUAGGGAUGGAACAGUGGAUGCCUGUCAGGACCGGCAGUCGUGCGAUCAUGGAUGUUCACCCGUCAAUAAAAAUUGCCUCAAAAUUUUUUCCCAACUGGUUUGACCUGUGUGAUGCCGAGGAUCAACUGGGACCACUGCCUGGGGACUGGCUCUCGACGAGAGCUGGGGACACACCUACGUUGCCAGAAGUCAGCCACCUCACAAUCGGGUCGUUACUGCUUGACGAGUUUUGGCACGCAGUUUCCAUCCAGAACGACGGCAAUGAGGUCGAAAGUAUACAGAAGGCCAUAAGGGCAUCAAUGAUAACGGCAGAUGCGGAAAGACAGGCGCGAUUACAAAAGGAAACAAGUCUGCGAUUCCACGCUGUCAUAGUGGAAAUCGAAGAUGAAGACACGCCCGCCCCCGCGGACACGAAUGGCCGCUUUACGGCGAAUCAGAAACAGAAAAGCGUGCCAAGGUCAUCAGAACAGCGUGAGUUCUUGGAAAAUUUCGCAGGAGGGCGCACAUCAAGAGCUGCGAAGCCCACGGCCGGGCAGAACCGACCUACGUCGCAUAAACGGACACCGCCGGCCGCGUAUAAGCAGGAACCGUCGCAAGUACCAGACGGAGGAUGGUACUGUGCGUCUGCUACGGGACGCGGUGCUGGAAACGGAGGUGGGCACAACGGAGGGCGUAAACCACCCGACGGCUCCGACUCGAGCCCGGAUGACAGCAGUUCCAACUCGGAGAAUAAUACAUCCUCUCCAGAGAGCUCCGAGUCAUCCGAGUCGGAAGGGAGCUGUAAAAACGCCAAAGGCAAAUCCACGUCGGAGAAACAUCAUCGGAAGAAGCAAAAGCAGGAA